UUCUACUUGGUAUGCUGUUUACUUAUCCCAUCAUAAUCUGGAUUGCAAUGGGAACUUUAAUUAGUGGUUACAUCGAAUCUCCUCUUGAGCUGGGUAGAAGUAAUUGUUCCGUAAGCGAUGACAUCACUAUGAAUUGGAAAAACUUCACCGAAUGUUCCUCCUUCAAUAACACUGCCAACCUCAAUGGAACAUGUUUCCUUCCGAGUGAGAAAAAGGAACCGUUUGUUGUUUACAAGAUUUCGUAUUUAUGGCUACAUACCUUUGGUACAGUACUCACUGGGUCAAUGAUAAUGUUGAUGGUAUUUAUAACAGGUUGGAACAGAAACGUGAUUGCUGCAGAUUCCAGGUGCCUCAGCCCAGUAACACGAUUUUGGAACAGGAAAGCUGCAGCAAACAUUGCAUGUCUGAUACCAGUAGAAGAUCUUCGAAGCCAAAUAGUUACUUUAAAGAGAAAAAAAAACCUAGAAACUGUCAGUAAAAAUUAAACUAUAUGCAGAUAGCAUACAGACUAUCACCAUACCGUUCAAAACACAGUAGGGUGUUCCACAAUGACUGCU